GGGUUGUCGACGAGGUGUUGUCUGACCAUUUUCUCUGUUUCCCAGCCCCGUUUGCCAGGCUCUCUCGCGACAGAAGUCGCUCCUGGGGCCAGUUGUGUGUCCGCCCUUAGUGUUUGUGAUCGGUGAUUGUGCAGCAGAAGGGUCCGGUGGGGGCGAAAGUGCGAUUUCAGGAAGUGAAGAAGUGGCUUGCAAUGUGUCAAGUGUCAAAGUAGCGACAUCUUGGUGGGUUGCAUGUGAAAAGUGUGCAAUUCGUUAGAUUUGUGAAAAACGAGUGAUUAUCGUGUUUGCUAAGGACGUUGCCGGAGGAUUAUCUUGUAUGAUUGCUGAGUGCUUAGGAGGGGAAGGUGCGAGGAAGUGUCUGGGCAGCUGAUGGAGGCGUCGAAGAAGCAAUUGACGGAGGAGGCGAUUGGAAGGACUAAUGGCUCAGUGGCGAAGCAUGUCAUGGAGUCGCAGAAGUUCGAGGAGCAAAUUGAGGCGUACAUGAACACGCUUGAGGAAGAUGACAUUCUCUUUAAGUCGGAUGACGAUGAGGAGGGAAUCAGGAAUAUUGGCGAGGAGAUUUCGCUGGGGUUGAGGAAGAAAGUGCGAUUACCGCGGAAUAAGCGCAAUCAGAAGGCACCUUCUGAGGUAUUGUCCUCAUCGUCGUCCUCCUCAUCCGAUGAGGAGGAGGAGGAGGAGGAGGAGGAGGGGGAAGUGGUGGGUGUGGUGAAUCAGAAGAGCCCUCUACGGACGGCGGAGGCGCUCAAUCAUCACCAGAUGACUUAUCCCAUUCCGCAAGCUCCUCGGCCUUUUAUCUUCUCCAUCGAGCGACGACGGCUGUCGCAGUGCAAGGAGGAAGAGGAGGAGGACAAUGCCGAGAAGACACAGAGUGUCUCACCCACCGUUGUGCCCAUUCCGUCGGCCGCGAGUCCGCCGGCUGCAAGUCCGCCCGCCGUGGUGAAUCGCUUCACAGUGACGAAGGCCGAGGAGAAGCAAGAGAUUGUGCCAAAAGAAGAGCCGCUUCCUCGUCCAGAAGUGGAGAAUCUGCGGAACUUCACGCACAAGCACAACUCCCUGACCAUCCACUUUCCCUGCUCGUCGCCAACAGUGAAGCCGAAUCUGCAAUCAAUCUUCUCACCGCUGAACCCGCAUCUGGACAAGAAGUUCUUCGAUACCAGCUUGAUUGAGAUACGACCAAUCAAUGAGAGUACAAAGUCCCUUAAUUGCGAGGACAGCAUUGAUGCGCCACAUGAAGUCUGGGUUCGGCGCGCUGAUGAGCCCAAACGCCAGCCAAAAUCCGAAUCGUCGGUUGAUGGCAAUUCCGGGUCGUCGCUACGUCCACAAAGUGCGCCGGGAAGUGUCUCGAAGCCGAGGAAAUCUGCCAAGCAGAUCGAGAAGGAGGCCAGGAAACAUGAGAAGGAGCUCAAGAGAUCGGAACGAGAGGCGAGGAAGUCGGCCCAGGAAGCGGCCAAGAAGCUGGAAAGAGAAGCGGCGAAGCUCGAGAAGUUAAAUAGGAAUGCUGAGAAGAUUUCCAGGAGCACUGAACGCGUUGGAGGACCAAGAUCGGGAUCGCUGGAGCGUCGCAGAAGCGGGGAUGAGUCACCGGUGAUAAAUCAAUCAACAGUUCAUGGAAUUGCCAGUCCAAGUCGACGACCCACUAUUUUCGACGUUUUCCGUCCGCGCACCAAAUCUGAUACGAAGAGGAAGGACAAGGAUGCCGCUAAGUCGAGUGGAUCGUCGGACAGGGACAGUUUGAGCACCAGCAGCAAUCACAGCGGCCCCAGCAGCAUCAUGCAGAGCAUGAGAACGGCCAUCCAGCACACGGUGGGCCACAGACAGGGCACCGGAGCGGCGAAAUACAAGGACGGAUCGGCUCAUCCACAUCCAGGCAGCGAUGCUCAGUACUAUCAUACUGUGACUGCCGUCCGGCGAGCGGAUGCCUCCAAAUCGGCAAUGACCAAAGUGAUGGAUCUCUUCAGGCACCGAUCGAAUUCAGCUGUGUCGGAAGCGGACAAGAGAAAAGCGCGCGUUGCUGCUCAUCAACAACAAUUAGCGGCUCAGAGUGCUCACAUGCGAAGAGCCUCGGCCGAGUUGGAGAACAGAAGAAGAGCAUCUCUGGGCACUAGUCGUGGAUUGCGAGCUGAUGGAACAUUGGAUCCUUAUCACGCUGCAAUUCUCUUUCGGGAUUCAAGAGGCCUACCAGUGGCAGAUCCAUUUCUGGAGAAAGUCAAUCUAUCUGAUUUAGAGGAGGAUGAAUCGCAGAUCUUUGUGAAAUUCUUCCGAUUCCACAAGUGCUAUGAUCUGAUACCAACUUCAGCCAAAUUGGUGGUUUUCGAUACUCAAUUGCUGGUGAAGAAAGCUUUCUACGCUUUAGUUUACAAUGGAGUUCGAGCAGCUCCACUUUGGGAUUCGGAUAAGCAACAAUUUGUGGGAAUGCUCACGAUAACAGACUUCAUAAAGAUCCUCCAAAUGUACUACACAUCUCCAAAUUGCUCCAUGGAUCAGUUGGAGGAGCACAAGUUGGAUACAUGGCGUGAUGUCCUCAAGCACCAAGUGGUUCCUUUAGUCAGCAUCGGUCCGGAUGCCUCACUUUUUGACGCUAUUAAGACACUUAUUCACAAUAGAAUUCAUCGGUUACCAGUGAUUGAUCCACUAACAGGCAAUGUUCUCUACAUCUUAACUCACAAACGUAUUUUGAGGUUCCUCUUCCUUUACAUUAAUGAAUUACCAAAACCAUCGUAUAUGCAAAAGACACUGCGUGACCUGAGAAUUGGAUCCUAUGACAACAUAGAGACAGCCACAGAGGAAACCAGCAUCAUCAUGGCUCUGCACAAAUUUGUGGAGAGGAGAGUGUCUGCCCUUCCGCUGGUGGAUGUUAAGGGUCGUCUAGUCGAUAUUUAUGCAAAGUUCGAUGUCAUUAAUUUAGCGGCAGAGAAGACGUACAAUGACCUGGACGUGUCGUUGAAGAAGGCAAAUGAGCACAGAAAUGCGUGGUUUGAGGGCGUGCAGAAGUGUCAUCUGGAUGAGUCGCUGUACACGAUAAUGGAGAGGAUUGUGAGAGCAGAAGUCCAUCGUCUAGUCGUUGUCGAUGAGAAUGACAAAGUCAUCGGCAUCAUCUCCUUAUCGGACAUUCUGCUGUACUUGGUGUUGCGUCCAUGCGGCGAGGGAAUUGGCGGCACUGAGCAGUCCGUGAGGGCGACAGAUCUCGCCAGGCGAGCGUCCACGGGAAGCAGUCGUGAGUCCAACAGUGCUUCCGGAUCGAGGAGUAUUGACAACAUUGCCGAGGAGGAGGAGAUUGUGGUGAAUGUGGAGUCUGUGGAGCCUGUGGUGGAGGCAACGGAGGCGCAGGAGGACAAUGAGCCCGAUCAGGUGUCUGUAGGGUCGGCGGAGGAGCCAAAGGACGAAUCGCCGCGCAUUGAAGCUGACGAGUGCAUGGUAAAGUGCAGUGAUUCGCCCACGCGGAGUCUGUCAGAGGAGUCUGCUGGCCAGAACAUGAUCAACACGAGUAUCACAAGGGAAGUCGCCAUGGUGAGUGAGUAAAGUCUUCACAAUUUCUUUGACAAUGUGUCAGCAUCGAGGGUUGGACGCACUGGACAGGAAACAGGGAGACACUGAACGACGACAUUGGCCUAGAGCAAGACUUAAAGUUAUUUAUUUAUGCUGACUUUUUAUUGUAAGAUUCACGACAAAAGUUUGAUUUUUUAUAACUGAAUAUUAUGAAAAAUAAAGGCCACAUUUGUUAGUGCCUUAGUCGCUUGUCGUCGUCACAAAUUUGCUGUUCGUCUGAAGAAAAAGUCCCUAUCAGUGUUUUUUCCGUUACUUUCUUAAUCCAAGCAUUGGCAGAAAGUGUUGCAAUUCCAAUGCUGCUUAUACACAACGAUUUUCCACCCUCGAUUGUGGAAGUGAAUGUGAGAGAAAAAGAGUCACCAAAUUGAUGUUGAUAUCAAGUAAUUUUCUUUAUCCUUUCCCUACAAUUGUAAAGAUAGCAAGUGAGGAGGAAAAUCCAAUAAAAGGAUGUGAUAUAUAUUUGAUGAUAAAGAGAAAAAAAACAAGAGAUAUGCGAAUGAUGAUUAGAAUAACACAUUGUCCUUUUCAUGUAUAUUUUACACACAUAAAGAACUCUUUAUAUUUACGGAGUGCAGAGAAAUUGAUGAAUUUACUAUAUUAAUAGCGGGAGAGUAAGAAUGGAUGAGAAAAAUUCUAUAAUUCUUUGACUUUCCACCAAAUCAGAGUCAUUCGAGUUGAUCAUGAUCGUGUACAUUAAUUCAGAAAGCCCAAAAAUGAUCACUCUGAAUAGAUUCUUAUGCUUUUGAAGGACACUUUGAGCAACUCUUUUGUAUAAAGCAUGUCAUAAGAACUAAACGCAAAUAUAUUAAAAGUAGAAGAAAAAAAACAUUAAAAUUACCCUUUAUCAACAGAGUAAAAAAAGAUAUAUUGUGCCAUAUUCACGCAGCACAGAAUACACAUAAGAGGAUGUCAAAUCCUGACCAGCAAAGCAAUGCUUCUUGUUGAUAGACAAAAGAAAAACAAGCUAAACUCAAGAAUUAAACAUGUUAAAGAUUUUCCAGAAGAAGAAUUGAUGAAAAAAAACCAGAAACCUAGUGAAAUUUAAAAAAAAUAAUGCUUAAAAGUACAAAAAAGGGAAAAGAGAAGGAAAGAAGGACACUAAAUUGCAAGAUAGAAGCAACGGCGGGAGAAGAGAGGGAAAUUUGAAGAAUAUUUUUGUAGAUAGUUGCGAAGUUAAGGAGAUUUGGCGCUAAAAAGUACUUCUUGUAAAGUUUUCUGAAUUUUUAUUAUUUUUGUUUUUAAUUCGUAAAGGAAAACAAAUCUUAACAAGUUUUUGUGUCUGUUUUAAAAUACCAACUUUGUACUUCAAUCUAUGUUUUCUUUCUCCAAAAUUUACAAUUAUACUAAAAGAUUUUAUUUAAAAAGAAAAUCAUUAGAGAAAGUGAGAAAGAAUAAAUAUAAAAUGUAGAAAUAACUGCAAGAAAUAUUUAACAAUUAACUAGGACACAUAAAGAAAUAUUUAAAUGAGUGAUCUUCACUAGGGAGGAUUACUUAGAAAUUGUAUUUAAAAAUGAGAAAGUAAAAAAUCCACAGUUAGAGUGCGAAAAGAGACUAUAAAAGUGGGGGUGAAAGUGAAAAAGGACACUAAGUACUUUCAUUAUUUUACAAUUUACAAUUAUUAAUUACUGAGUAAGUUUAGUAGGAACGCAAAUAAAUUUCUUUUUAAGGAGAGAUCAUGGUUAAGAUUGAGAUUGAAUGACUCCCACUUGACUUCUCACGGACAUUGAGGAUCGCUCUCUGUUCUCUGCAUCUCUCUUUUGAGGACUUUUUAGUGGUUUUUCGAGAGGAUAUAUUGGCUAAAUUAUACAAACCUCUUCCUCUGGGACAGAGAGCGAUCGCGAUCGUUCGGGAGAAGAGAUCACAUGCGAUACUUUUGCGAUCACAAAACAUGAAAACAAGGGACAUAAUUGUAGAAAAGGUAGAAGAAACUGUACAGAUUGAUUUGCGAGGCAAAGAAUUGUAUAAAUGCAUAGUUGAAGAAGUCAAGAAGAUCGCGAUCAAAGGAGUGAGAAAGUGUGUGGGAAAAGGGAUGGGAGGAGAGAUAUGAUGAAAAAAAAAUAUUGCUGCAAUUAAAAAUGAUAUGAAAA